GGCGCGGCGCUGAGGCGGGGACGCGGGGCCGGCCGCAGCCGCCGCCGGGCUCUCGGGGUCCGUGGUUCUCGAGGAUGUUACCAGUAGAUAAAAGACUUCUAAACUUACAGAUCUACAAACUUCUUCAGUGUGUUCACCAGAAAGACAAGAAACAAAUAGAAAAGCUGGUCCAGAAUGGAUUCCCCAAUCUCAUCAAUUUCACAGAGCCUAUGGAAGGAUAUAGUGCCCUUCAUUUGGCCUGCAUGAAAAAUGACACCGACUUGUGCAGCUUCCUGCUGGAACAGGGAGCUCAUCCAGAUAUCCAGGACAAAAUGGGACGUACUCCAGCAAUGAAAGCAGCCGAGUUAGGCCAUGAGUUGGUUUUGGAUUUAUUAGCAAAAGCUAAAGCCAACAUGGCUGCUGUGGAUAAUGAAGGGAAAGGUGUUUUGUUUUACUGCAUUUUACCUACGAGACGACACUACCACUGCACACAGAUUGCCUUGGAUUAUGGUGCAGAUGUUAACAACUGUACUACUGAUGGGAAGCCUGUAUUUCUACAAGCCUGUGAGCAAGCUCAUGACAUUAAAGAACUAUGUCUGAAUUUCUUGGAAAGAGGAGCAAAUCCCAAUGCAAGAAACCCAGCUACAGGUCGCACAGCCUUAAUGGAAGCCACCAGAGAAGGCGCCCUCGAGCUGGUGCGGGGUCUGCUGGAGAGAGGAGUUGAUGUUAACCUGUUUGACCUUGAAAGACACAGCGCUGCACAUUUUGCAGCCCAAGGUGGCUUUUUUGAGAUUCUGAGGAUUAUUUCAGCUUAUAAUGGAGACUUGGGCCUGAUUGCUAUGAAUGGUAACACACCACUUCAUUAUGCUGCAGAAGGAGGAUAUGCAUAUUGCUGCAAGUUUAUAGGACAAAGAGGCUGUGAUCCCACAUGGAAAAACUUGUUAACAAAGACCCCAAGAACCAUUGCCAGGGAAGGAGGUUUUAAAGCAGCAGCAGCAGAAUUACGUAAGAUUGAGAACACCUUCAGAAGACAAGCCAAGCCUGAGGCCAAGGAGGACAACCCCCGCUGGGCACUGAGGCUGUACGACUGGUCCUUAGAGCAUCAGGCUGCCCUCUGUGAGGCGUUUGAGGCUGUUGACCAAGGAGAUGGGACAGUGGCUAAAGAUGAUUUUAUCUCUGUUAUUCAGAAGCAGUGUGCCUUUGUGGACAUUGAGCAAAUACAAACUAUUGCCGAACUGCACGAAGGAUCUGACCCCGAGGGAAUCAACAUAGAAGAAUUUCUUAAAGGCUCUAAAUACUUGCAGAAGAACUGCCUUAUAGCAUCCUUUGCACCCAAAGGGAAGAAGGGGAAGAAAGGGAAAAAAAGAAGAGGCAGGAGAGGCAUUGCUGUCCCCGUGCCCAUCUGUGUUGUCCCGAAGAGCGCGUGCCCACGCAGGGACAACGGCCUCCCCACGUACAUGAUUGAGGCUGUUCCGCACACCGCCGACAGUUACCCUGCCGGCCGACACCACCCAUCCGCCCACCCCCUGCACGACGACCGGGCCUGGUACAUAGAUGAGCCAAGGAAAGUCUACGUGAACAUUAACUACCUUGUCAGAGCAGGAGACAUCCUGUCGCUGCAGAAAGCAUUUGAUGAAGGAGUGCAAGUAGACAUAAAAGAUAAAUAUUACAAAACACCGUUGAUGGCUGCGUGUGCAAGUGGGAACGUGGAUGUCGUGCAGUAUCUUCUGGAAAAGGGGGCUGAUGUAAACGCAACAGACAAUUUCCUGUGGACGCCUCUCCACCAUGCCUGCUAUAACGGACACCUAGAGAUUGCCAAACUGAUUGUGAGGGCUGGAGCAGCAGUGGAUGCCCCUGCAAUGGGCAAUGCAACCCCACUGAUGAGAGCCAUUGAGAUCUGCAGAUUGGAUAUAGUCUAUUUUUUAAUGGAGGCAGGUGCUGACAUCCAGCUGACAAACACCAACGGAAAGAAUGCCCUUGAUAUUGCUGAAGUAUUUGCAGAUUCUAGAAUAAUUGACCUGCUCCGAAAUACAUUGGAAAAUUUGCCAGAAAACAAAGAAGCAGAGAAAGAAAAAAUUGUGAAGCCAAAGUCAGCUUCUACCCUGCUGCCUGUAGAAGUACAAGCUGUGAAAGAAGAGACCUCUCAUGUAUCUCCACCAGUUGAAGAAGAGACAACGCAUUCCCCUAAGGACAGUGUUGUUUACCUAAAGUCUCAGAUAACCAGUGGUGCUACCAAAAAAGAGGACAUCACAUUCAACCCCAGAAAAAUAUGGGCUCCUGAAGCUGCAACAGAGGAGAUAGUAAGAAAGCAAGAAUUGGCCCUUGAACGCUUUACUCUUGGUGGCCACUCAGAAAGCUUCACAACCCCCUUUAAAAGAAAAGUUAUGGAGUAA